AUGACCGCGGUGGUCUCACCAGCACACAUCGUAGGCAUGGCAGACCGCGCUUACAGGCAGUUGAUUCCGUUCCUGAUACGGCAAACCAGACCUCAAUUCUGCCAUACGAGUCUCCGACAGGCACAGCGUCGAGGACUCGCUACAGUAGCAGCAGCUGUGGGGACUGGCGACAAGCUGCCGCCUCAGAGCGCGCUAGAUGCCCUCAAAGAGGCCUCACGUCGCUCCGAAGGACCUGCCUACAACCCUGGGGAUUAUAUCUCCAUCAUUGGUGGGGGACGUAGAAAGGCCCCGAAAUUCAACCUGGGGGCGAGGUUGCGAGAGAGGAUAGCGGUCGGCAGAAGCUCGAAGUCCUCACGCGUGCAUGAGAAGAAAAAGGAACGAAGAUCUGGACGGGGACGAGCUGAAGCAGCCGCCAACCAAGCCGGAGAAGUCAAGGCGGAAGCCGACGACGGAGGUGAAGAGAAGUGCACCAUCGCAACGUUUCUGAGAGGAAGCAGCGAUAAUGAAGGUCUCGCACACUACCCCCAAGAAGAUCUCGAGGUGAUUACACUCCAGGCCCGCAUGCGCAGCUUUCGCGAGGGAUUCGACGUCCUCGAACGCCGAUUCCUGUCGAAUUUGCCACUUGCUCUGGUGCCCGACGAGGGACCAUUACUCCGACCAACCGACAAUAACCACAAGCAAUUCGCCGAAAAGUCAAAGAGCGUAUGGAUGAAGUAUUGGACACAAACACCGGGACCGAACAGAGCAGUCGUCGCCCAGAUGAUGCAGCUUCGCAGAGAUUUGGAAGUCUUUCUGCAGAGUGACGAAGUCCAAGCGCACGUAAAAACCAAAAAGCCAAUCAUGACGAUGGUGCGGACCUGGCUACCUAAAGCGCGGAUGACCACGCCUAUGAGGAUGACAGAGUGGAGGAGAAUAGUCAAUGACCAGAUUCAGAGAGCGCUUGCGUCGCGGAAUCAAUCGAGUCCUUAUCAUGGCAUUAGGUUCACGACGCUGGGGGAGUUGAGAGGUGGACAACAGGGUCUCAAGAAAUCAUCCGUCAGAGAAGAUGCUGGUAAAUCAUCCCUUCCUGCGCCGAGGGAAGAUGACUCGGAACGAGAAUGGCCACUGGAGGAGUUGGAACAAGUAUGGCCACCAGAGGACUUGGGACGAGAGUCCAACUCCAGCAAGCGGAAAGGUAACAGGUUGGGCCGAGGUCCAAAAGCCAAUGCUUCAGCAACCACGACCACGACUUCAGUGGACCCAGAUCAGAACCGGCAUGGCCUUCCAGACGCGACUGUGCCAGUGCGGAGACUGCCAGGUGUGCGCGAGGCAGCUUUGACUGCACCAGCCAAACCUGGCAUUGUGGAGGAGUAUUCGCCGCUCUCGGCAAACAAGUCGAAGGUGGUGGCGGCGAGCGAGAAGUCGAUGUGGGGAUUUUUGACAUCAUGA